GAGCCAUGUUUGCAGGCCGGGCUUCAGCGACCGGUGCCGCUGGACCGUCGGCGGCGGUCGGAGGAGGAAAAGGUGGGAAGUUCAGCGUGGAAGAGCUGUACGGCUUCACCAAGAAGCCCAAGGUGAACAGAGGGAACUCUGUGAAACAAGACAAGAGCGAUGGUAAGAAAGACGCCAAGGAGAGAGAGGAGUCCAUGCUGGCGUCCCAGAUACUGGACGCUGCCAGGAGGCUGAUGGAGAGACGACGGCUGGAGAUCUACCUGAAGGAGUGUGACGUCACCAUGGAGCAGAGCAGCAUGACGUACAGGAACCUUGGGAAAUCUGGACUGAGAGUGUCCUGCUUAGGACUGGGAACAUGGGUGACAUUCGGCUCUCAGAUCUCUGACGAGAUGGCUGAGAAUGUGAUGACGGUGGCAUACGACAGCGGCGUGAACUUGUUCGACACGGCAGAGGUUUACGCAUCCGGGAGGGCGGAGACGACUCUGGGAAACAUCCUGAAGAAGAAAGAUUGGAGGAGGUCCAGCUAUGUGGUGACUACUAAGAUCUACUGGGGAGGACAAGCAGAGACAGAACGGGGGUUGUCACGGAAACACAUCAUCGAAGGGCUGCGGGGCUCUCUCUCCAGGUUACAGCUGGACUACGUGGACAUUGUGUUUGCCAACAGGAGUGACGUGAACGCACCGAUGGAGGAGAUUGUGCGUGCGAUGACGUUUGUGAUUGAUCAGGGUUUGGCCAUGUACUGGGGAACGUCCCGCUGGAAUGUUGUGGAGAUCAUGGAGGCCUACUCCAUCGCCCGACAGUUCAACCUGAUUCCUCCGGUGUGCGAGCAGGCCGAGUAUCACUACUUCCAGAGAGACAAAGUGGAGCUGCAGCUUCCUGAACUCUACCACAAGAUCGGUGUUGGAGCCAUGACCUGGUCUCCAUUAGCCUGUGGUCUGCUAACGGGCAAAUAUAAUGAGGGUGUCCCUGAGAGCUCCAGAGCCGCCAUCAAGGGUUAUGCGUGGCUGAAGGAGCGCCUCGGCAGUGAUGAAGGGAAGAAGCAGCUCAAUAAGAUAAAGGAUCUCCACCUGCUGGCCGACAAGCUGAACUGCACCGCUGCUCAACUCGCUAUAGCGUGGUGUCUUCGGAGCGAAGGCGUCAGCUCGGUUCUGCUCGGAGUCUCUAACACGGAGCAGCUGCUGGAAAACCUCGGUUCUAUCCAGGUGCUGACUCAGCUGACUCCACCCCUCAUCUCAGAGAUGGACGCACUGCUCGGCAACAAGCCACGAAGCAAGAAGGAGGGAAGGAGGAGCUGAAAAGAAACCUUUAUUUAAAGCAUUUAAUUAGACGACAGAAGGACGGGAGAGGAAAAGGAGAAACACGUGGCGUAGAAACGGGACUUAUUCUUCACUUGGACACCUCGUCGUCACAGAGACCUCGGACACAAGGACUUAAUAAUCAGCAGUAUAACACAAAUAUUUAUUCUUGUAUUAACCUGAAGACGCCGCGCGGAGCCUCAAUGUGUAGUUGCAGUAAUCGAUACAGUUAUCAGUUCAUAAGUUCAUGUCGAUAAUAUGAGCACAACACAUUUAAGGUUUGUUGUUUGUGAAGUUUGGACCCAGUAAUUCAGGAGUAUGGAAGCCCAUUUAAGCCAAAAACUUGAAGAACUAAGUGCACGGUUAUAUUUAUCUGUCUAUCACAAAGAAAGUGAUCGGUUCAUUGAUUCAGUUGAAGCUCAAAUAUUUACUCACAUACGUACAACAACUAGAUAGCUCUAAUCUAAAUAAAGCUCUAAUCUAAUAAAAGCAAAGUCAGUUACAGUAAAAACAGUUUGUGAUGAUAAAUGUCUCUAAAGUUUAACUUUGAAUGGUUAAGAUAUGUUGAUUUUUAGUUAUUUAGUGAAAGUAAAAGAUGUGUUUUAUUUGCUGAAUACAGAUGGUGUGAACUGCUGCACGAUGGACGUGUUCAAAACUACACAUCUUUCACAUGUUUUUGUUUCACGCAAAUUAUUCUUUCAGCUAAAAUAGGAUCAGCACUUGGAUUUAUCCAGCAGAGGACGUGGACCUGCCGUCUGAGUGAUGUCAUCAGCUGAUCAUCACACUACUGGUUGGUAGAGGACUUGCAGGACCUGCAAGUCUGGAUCCAGACCCUAGUGGUCAGUAGAGGAACUGCAGGUCUGGAUCCAGACCCUAGUGGUCAGUAGAGGAACUGCAGGGCUGGAUCAGGACCCUAGUGGUCUGCAAUGCAUUUUACUUUGGCCUGGCCAUCAGACCAGAGGUUGCAUGGUUGGUGCCUGGCUAAAACGAGGACUAGCAGGCCGCUGCUGGUGUCUCCCGUCUCGCGGGUGACUCGCUGUAGGUCUUGAUCCUCCGUGAAUCCAGACUCCCUGAGCUGGAGGAGCUGCAGAGCUGUCUUCGUUCAACGCCAGCGGUCUGUCCUCAGCUGAACGUGGUACUCUGAUCCUUCCAGACCAACAACAGUGAUGCAACAAAAC